AUGGCCGCCCUGCGCUCCCUGCUGCGCUGGCGCCGCCGCCUGGGGCCCGCGCCCGGCGCUCCGCCGGCCCGGCGGCUCUGGGGCGGCGGGGUCGGGGCAGCCGGGCCGCGGCGGUGGCGGCGGGAGCUGGGCUGGGCGGCGGCGGGGGCGGCUCUCGCCGGGUUCGCGGGGUACCGACUGUCCGAGCGGCGGCGGGAGCUCUCCCGGGAGCCGGCAGCCGCCGAGCCGGGCGGGGCCCGGGCGCUGCUCCCCAUCCCCGUGGCGGCCGCUGCCAAGGAGACGGUGACGGUUACAGACAGCAGAUCAGACCUGGAAGAUUUACACCUUUAUGCAACUCCGCGGGAGCAACGGUUUCGUAGGUUUGCCAGUCUGGAAUUUGAAGGACAGCUAUACAUGACUCCACACGACUUCAUCCAGGCUGUUACCAGUGAUGAACCCAAACAUGCUAAAAAAUGGCGAUCACUGUCAAAGCAGGAACUGAAUCAGAUCCUUAUGGAGACACCACCGGUUUGGAAAGGAUCCUCCAAACUUUUCCGUAAUCUUAAUGAGAAAGGUGUGAUAUCUUACACAGAAUAUUUAUUCCUCUUAUGUAUUUUAACAAAGCCACAUGCAGGUUUUCGAAUUGCUUUCAACAUGUUCGAUACUGAUGGCAAUGAAAUGGUGGACAAAAAGGAAUUCUUAGUGCUCCAAGAAAUCUUCAGGAAAAAAAAUGAGAAGAGAGAAAAAAGAGGAGAUGAAGAAAAACGUGCAAUGCUGCGUCUUCAACUUUAUGGAUAUCAUACUCCUACUAACAGUGUUCUUAAAACAGAAGGAGAGGACCUUGUCCCCAGGAGCUAUUGGGAUACUUUGAGACGUAGCACAAGCCAAGCGCUCUUUUCAGACCUUGCGGAGCGUGCUGAUGAUUAUACAAGUUCACUGUCAGAUACUACACUGCUGGUACACUUUUUUGGCAAGAAAGGAAAAGCAGAACUGAACUUUGAAGAUUUUUAUAGAUUUAUGGAUAACCUGCAAACUGAGGUUCUAGAGAUAGAAUUCCUUUCCUACUCUAAUGGGAUGAACACCAUCAGUGAGGAAGACUUUGCCCAUAUUCUCUUGAGGUAUACAAAUGUAGAAAAUACAUCAAGUUACCUGGAAAACAUGCGUGGCAGUAUUCCUGAAGAAAAGGGUAUCACAUUUGAAGAAUUUAGAUCAUUUUUUCAAUUCUUGAACAAUCUAGAAGACUUCACAAUUGCAAUGCAAAUGUAUAAUUUUGCAAGUCGUUCCAUAGGUCAAGAUGAAUUCAAGCGUGCUGUGUAUGUAGCCACAGGUGUGAAGCUCUCACCACAUUUGGUGAACACAGUGUUCAAGAUUUUUGAUGUCGACAGAGAUGACCAGUUGAGUUAUAAAGAAUUUAUUGGCAUUAUGAAGGACAGACUCAAUCGAGGGUUUAGGGAGACUCCAAAGUAUGGUUGGAAGGAAUAUUACUCUUGUGUGAUGACUGUAACCAGUGAGCAUCUCAGAGAUCUGUGGAGGCAAUUUCGGAGACGAGAUAUGCUGAGAUAAAGGAAGAAAGCAGGAUUAUCUGCACUGGCUAAAAUUAUUUAUUCCCAUAAAUUCUUAACGAAGAACAAACUAACCCAGGUGAAUGGCGAAUCUUCCAGCUGCAGUAGAAAACACAGAACUUCUUUUCCACUUAGUGUAGUGAUCAUCAACUCUUAAAACUGCUUUUCAGUAUGGAUUUCAUUUAAUUGAUGAAUUAACUAUGCCAUGUGGGUGGGCAAAGCCUUCUUUUGUAAGAACACCUUUUGAAUAUUAUUUUUUAUUAUUUUGAGAUAAAUUUUUGAUUUAAAAGGAAACAAAAAUAAGUCUUACACCUGGGCAGGAAGAUGUUUGGCAGUGAAGAAAAACCGCCUGCAUCAGCUUAGACUGUGAAUUCACUUUCAGAUGAGCACUAUUAAAAGUUUGUGCUAAACUGAAAAUGAGACUACAUUAAGUAGCAUAAUGAUUACACAUGAGUUGAAUGGACAAAUUAAAGUCUUAGAGGCUGUUAUUUUACAAGGAGUAAGCUGUUAUGGUUAUAAUGUGAAUGAUAGGUAUUUACCUAGGAAAAGUACUGUAUGAACUGCAAUGUUCAAUUCUCCAAGUCUUAUGUUUAUGAAUUUAUCCUUUAAAAAAUAGUACAGAUUUUAAGAUGUCUUACAAGCAGUGUGUCAAAGACAAGUCAAAAUGUUCAAAUUCAUGUAGCACACACUUUGUAAUAUUUAUUAUAAAUUUUAUUGCCAUACACAGGUAUGUUUCAGGUAGAGUACAAAUUCAUGUGCUUAUUGUGAAUAGUGCACUUUUAAUGAAGUGGCACUGAAUAGGAGUUAUAGUUGUCUAAUUUGCUACUCUGGAAUGCUGUAUCUGAAAACUAGAUAAAUAGCUUGUGUUUGUGUCAAAGCAAAAACAAAACAAAACAUGAAUGCAUGCACAGUACAGAACAACACUAAGUAGUAUUAUUUGAAUAUUACUUGUUUGCUAUUCAGCAGCAUAUUUCCUUACUCCCUAUUAACAUUAUUGUUAGGUAGUAGGAAUUAAAUCCACACAAACAAGAACAAAUAUUUUUUACACCCUUCUUGAAGAGAUUUACUGGAUAUUGAAUAAAUCUGUAUCUGUUUAGGAAAAGACUGUGCCAUGAAAUAAUUCCAGCUGAGUACGCACACACUUGAACUAAUGUCAACAAAUUGUCAUCAGAAGCAGAAAUAUUUGGUAAUCAGACAAUCAAAACAGAACUAAAAGAAUGCUUUUAGAUAUCUUACUACUCCAAAUCAUGAAAUAAAACUUU